CACAAACUACGGAAGAAGAAGAGGACCAAUGAUGCGCACCCUCCGCCAAUAUGAAGGCACCGAGGGCAGUUUCUGCCUUUGAGUUUAAAGAAUAAGCCUUGUUAUUUCUACAAGUGCUGAAGCCACUAACUGGACUAAAGUAGAUGCGACACCGACUCAAUAUCUCGGUCCUGCAGAAUGUCCAAGAUCAGGCGGAAGGUAACAGUGGAGAAUUCAAAAACCAUAUCUGACAGCAGCAGCAGCAGCAGCACCACGACCAGCAGCACCAGCAACCCCGCCGCCCCCUCCCGCCGGCCCAGUGUGUUUGAGAGACUCGGCCCCAGCACUGGGAGUAAUGCUGCUGAUAGUCACUGUAGAAAUUGGCUGAAGACCGGUAAUUGCAGUUACGGCAACACUUGUCGCUACACACAUGGAACUCAGCCACGAGGCAAAGGAUUUAGCUUCAGUCGGUCAGCCGAGAGACCCACAGGUGAUCUGCGGGAGAGGAUGAAGAAUAAAAGACAGGAUGUUGACCCAGAAAACCUGAAGCGAGACCUAGACGAGCCCACAUCCCCCCCAGCGAGACAGAGAGACUCCUCCAGAGGCCGACACAGGGAGAAGGAGGAUAUAAAGAUCACAAAGGAGCGCACCCCAGCCAGUGAAGAAGAGCCCACAGAGUGGGAAGCCAAUCGUGAAGACUCAGAUAUUGGUGACUACGAUUACGAGUUAUCCCUAGAGAUGAAGCGCCAGAAGAUUCAACGUGAGCUGAUGAUUCUGGAGCAGGAGAAUUUGGAAAAGAGGGAGGAGAUUAUCAUCAAGAAAGAUGAAGUCCCCACCAAGACUAGAGCCGCCGCCAUGCCGAAGGCCUCCCCCGAGCAGUUAAGAAAUAAGGAUUCACCCUCACCCAGGAAGUCCAGUGGAUCCCCAAAACACAAAGGGGGAACCAAAGGCCCCGGCUCUGGGAAAAAAGAGAAGAAGGCGUCAGUGUCCUCACCUGUCUUAGAAUCUGCCAGGUCUUCAAAAGGGAGCCACAGUAAAAAGAAAGGGCCCCGUACACCCAGUCCUCCUCCCCCAGUCCCUCUGGACAUCCCUGUGGUGGGGAAGAAACACAAAGGCAAGCACAAAAACAAGGAGAAGUCGGUGGAGAAGCAGAAGGAAGGGAAAGAUCGGGGACGGGAUACGGAAAAACACAAAGAGAAGAAGGAAAAACGCAGGGACCGAUCAGACAGUUCCCACAAGGCCAAGCGAUCAGUGACAUCAGAGGAGCGCUCUGGUAGUGUGUCAUCGCCUUCUAGGGGCACUUCACCCUCAGCCAUGAAGAAAUCCAACUCUCCUAAAGCUUCAUCCCAUAAGACCCCUGCACUGGUUUCCCCUCCUCGCAGGUCUCCAUCUCCUCCACGGCGCCAGCGCACCCCAACUCCUCCCCGCCACCACUCCCCCUCCUCCCACUCGGGUUCCUCCGCCCAGCGGCACUCUGCGUCCCCUCGUCGGCGCCGCUCGUCCUCUCCCGCCUACCACCGGAGCGCAGCAGCUCAGGCCUCGACCUCUUCGCCUCCGAGCUCCCGGCGCUCCCGAUCGCCUCCUGCCUCCCAUGACGCCUCAUCGCCCCACCGGCGAUCUGACAGGUCGAGCCCCGGCAGGCGGCACUCCAGGGGCCGCGAGAGGAGCCGCGGGGAAAGAGAGAGGAGUCCGCCUGUACAGGAGCGCAGACAUGAGCGCAGAGAUGACAGCCGCAGCAAGCGAGAGAAGGAAAGCGUCCGCGACGACCGGGACUAUGACUCUGAACAGGUCUCAUCACGGGACACUCGAGAGGACAGGGAGGCAAGAGAGGCCCGCGAGCGAAGGGACGCUCGCGAUCGAGGAAGGGAACCGACCCGAGACUCUCGUGACCACCGAGACACCAGGGAUGUAAAGGACUCCAGAGAGAGCAGGACAGAGACCCGCUCCAGCCGAGAGUCGCUGGAAAUCCGCGACCGCGAGCGGGAACGAGAGAGGGAGCGGGAGAAGGAGAGGGAGAAGGAGAGAGAGCGGGAAAAGGAGAGAGAGAGGGAGAGGACUGACACCCACAGGAAGGAGGAGCCGGCUCAGGAGGACAGGAGUUACGGGAGAGGUCAUGGGCGUGAAGAUGGAGGGAGAGCUGAAGGAAGGACGGAGAACAGGACAGACAGAGUUGAGAGGAAUGGAAGAGGGAGAGGGCGCGCUAAUGAAACAUCUGAUAAAGGCUCUAACAGGAACUCCCGGGGUUCCCAGCUGGAGAGCAGCCAUGACAACUGGGAGUCACGGAGCAGUGCAGUGCGUGAACGGAGCGCGGAAAGAAGCACAGAUCGCAGCAUUGCGGAAAGGAGCUCUGAGAGGGGUUCAGACCGUGACCGCUAUGAGGGAGACAGAAGAGGAGAGCCAGCCCGAGACUCCUCCUACGACAGGAGAGGGGGGCAUGGAGAGCGGGACCGCAGAGACAACCGAGACAGAGGUGGGGAUCAAAGAGCAGCCUCCCCAAAUAGACACCAGGGGAGAUCAGAAGAGUCUGAGAGGGAGGAGAGGAGGGAUGACCGCAGGAUAGAUAGAGCAGAUGGGAGGCGAGAGGACAGGACCCGCGACCGGGAGCGAGAGAGAGACAGGGAGAGGGAAAGGGAGAGAGAGAAGGAGAAGGACAGGGAGCGAGAGAGGGAGAGGGAAAAGGAGCGAGAGAGGGAGGCCGAGAAGGAGCGGGCCAGGGAGAGAGAGAGGGAAAGGGAGCGCGAAGAGAGGGAGCGGGAGAGGGAGAGGGAAAGGGAGCGCGAAGAGCGGGAGAGGGAGAGGAAGGAGCGAGAAAGGGAGAGGGAGAGAGAGAGGGAGCAGCGGGAGCGAGAGAGGCAGCGGGAAUGGGAGGAGCGAGAGAGAGGGAGGGAGGAAAGGCGGGAGAGGAGAGACGACACCAGGGACGAGCGGUCCAUUCGAGACACCCGGGACGACCGCAAGACGAGUCGUAAGAGAACCAGGGUGGAGAGCAGCCCGAGCCCCCGACCCUCGCCUAAGCGAGCGACACGAGAAUUCAGUCCGGCGGACAGCGACGGCUACAACAGUGGAGAAGACAAAAGUGAGCGCCCAAUUGGCCGAGGGCAGGCUAAGCUCCACCCACAGCCUCUCCUCCCCAGCCCAGUGUGUCCGCCUCCAUCUGACAGUAGCGACAAACAUCGUCUGCUGAGCCAGGUGGUGCGGCCUCAGGAGCCCCUGCUGCGUUCUCCGCCAAGAGCCGCUCCAUCCGACGACAAGCCUAGUCACUGGAAGGAUGAGGAGCGCAGAGGAGCCGGGGAUAAAAGGGAAGCACGCAGCCGCCUCGAGGACCUGGAGCCUCGUGGGGAACGAGUCAGAGGAGGCGACAGACGAGGAGAGCACCUUGCAGACGCCCCUGACACCCGUAGCAGAGGCCAGCGAGAAUCCACGCCGCCGCCGCCUCCACCUCCUCCAGCCCUCGCCGCUGUCAGCGACGACAGAGACACAGCUGGCUCCCAGUCACAUGAGGAGGGCAAAAAGAAGACAAAGUCGCAGAGGAAGGUCUUGAGGAAGGGUCGCAAAGAAGAGGAGAUUGCUGGUGGCAGCAGUCUGGCUGGCGCAGGAGAUCGUUUCAACCCCGAGCCCCCAACUGGCGUUUCCACAGAUGGACCGCCACCUUUACUCUCCCCCAGGAAAGUACCCAAAAAAAAGGCACUUGAGCAUAAGAGGAAACGGUCACGGGGAGGAGAAUCCGAUGUGUCCGAUGAGGACUCAUCAGCCCAUCAGCCACAUACUAAGAAGAAAAGAGGUCCACGGACUCCACCGCCCUCGAUCAGGCCCGAUCACCGCGGUACUGGAGGCAACACAGAGCCGUCUCCACUGUCUAAAAUGGACAACUUCAGUGACUGGUCAGAUGAGGAGGUCACAGACCGAGCAGGAGGGCCUCUGGAAACACAAGCUCCCCUGGCUCCUGCCGAGAGGGCUCCUGCUGAGCCUCUUCGGAGAGGUGCUCCCAGGGUGGGCAGGGACAGGGAGCGGUGCAACCCCCCUUCCAUUGCCCCACUGAUCCCCCAGGAUCCUCCGAUACUGCUGCAGACUCUGACUCCGCAGCCCCUCAUGUCCCAGCAGCUGCUCCGCAAACCUCCCCCAGAGCAGACACGCAGCAGCAGCAUGGGAAGCAACCAGAGCCGCACGUCAUCCAGGCGCCUGCGGUCACCCUCCAACGAGUCCGCCCACAGAGAAGAUCCCCAAGGUCCACGAUCCCGCCGGGGCCGUCUGCAGGGCACCAACUCUCGGGACCGAGAAAGAGAACGAGAGAGGGAGAGAGAAAGGGAGAGAGAGCGGGAGAGAGACAGGCCGGUUGUGAAUGACCCUCCGGGAGCCGAGAGGAAGUCUCGAAUUGACCAGUUGAGGAGAGGAGAGCCCAGCCGCAGCACCUCCUCAGACCGACAAGAUUCACGCAGCCACAGCUCCAGACGCAGCUCCCCUGACUCCGAGAGGCAGGCCAGGUCUCGUGCUGGCUCCUACGACAGCCGAGAGCGGGAGAGAGAGAGGGAAACGUUUGAGCGGGAGCGAGACCGAAAGGACCUCCGGCCGCCGCAGCAGCAACAGCAGCAGCAGCAGCAGCAGCCGCUGCUCCUCCAGCAGCCCCUACCACAACAGAGAGACUGGGAGCCCGAACCCAGGGACUGGCCCAGCAGGGGACGGGAGCCCCUACUGAUGCGUCCUGGCCGUGAACCUCUCUUGAGGGAGCGGGACAUCAGGGACAGGGAACGCUUACUCCCCGAAGGACUCAUCCAGCAGCACGAACGGGAGCGGGAGAGGGAGCGAGAGAGGGAGCGUGAGAGGGACGGCAGAGGCGUCGAUCGAGAGAGGGAGAGGAUGAUGAUGAUGAUGGACCUGCUGCCCCACGGUGACCCCAGGGCUCCAGGGCGAGGGGACCUGAGGGGUGAAAUCAGAGGAGACCUACGAGGGGACAUGAUGAGACAGGACAAGAGUGAAUAUGAACCUCUGCUGCCAAGAGAAGCUUUCAGCCCUCCAGAGCCGGAGAAACCGAGCAACAGUCACCAUCUGAUGGGAGAGCCGCGGGAGCUGGAGAAGACAGACAGCAUCGACGGGGACGAUGACGGAAAAGAAGACGACGGGCAGUCGGUCGCGUCUGUUGGAGAAGAGUAUGAACCGAUCAGUGAUGAUGAGCUGGAUGAAAUUCUGGCGGACAGCCAGAAAAAAGAGGACCAGCAAGACGAUGAGAAAAUUACAGGUCCUCUGGAUGUGAUUGAUGUGGACUGGUCCAGCCUGAUGCCCAAACAGAAGCAGGAACCCCGGGCAGCAGGGGCAGCGCUGCUCCGGUUCACCCCAGGGGCUGUGCUUCUCCGGGCCGGCAUCUCCAAGCGACUUGCUGGGUCCGAGCUCAUGGAGCAAGUCAAAGAGGUGUGCAAGUCUGAGCUGGAUGACCCCAAAGAUGCUGAGAAGCUGUUUGAACAUGAACUGGGGGCCCUGAAUAUGGCAGCCUUGAACAGGCGGGUGGAGAGGGCAGGUUUACUGACCAACCUUGGGCCCUGCUGCAAGGCCCUGUGUGCCCGCAGGGACUUCGCCAUCCGCCGGCAGCUGCUAAAAAACGACAAGGGCCUAACUAAGCAGUACCUCACCACGCCUGUAGUAGACAACGAUCUGCUUCAGAUGAGCAUGCGUCUCUUCAGAAGGACAAUGGCCGGCCAGGCCUCGGGCCCAGAAAGGUCAGACGGUGGGUCAGCACCAACAGCCGAGGUCGCUGCAGCUGGGAGUAGUAAGCUCAGCACAGCGCAGCCUGAGGUGUGUGUGUCCUGAAAGAAAUGGGGCUUACUUGAGUCAAACACAUGAAAGUGAACGCUUCUAAGCCUUUACUACUUACUCUCCCCUGACUCUGUCCGAUUUCAGUACAAUACCUAGCCUUUUUAGUCAUGAGAGGGAAUAAAGAAAAACAAGCAAACUUGUGAAUCUUACUCAGUUACGCUUUACAUGUUUUGGAUGAUAUGCAAGUGCUGUGCCAUAGACUACUGGACAUUCUAGCCUAUGGAGGUGGUGUGAUGAACCAUGUACCAGAAACAUAAAACACACCUGAAAUGACUUCAUGUUUUUUUUUUUUUUGUGCAUUAGUGUUUUAGAGCAGCUUUUUAAUUGUCAGUUUCACCUGCCUAACCAAGUUCAAAUGACUGUUUUGUUUUCAUAUAUUGUGCAUUUGGUUACUACAACUGUGCAUUAAAAUGGUUAGAUGUUGAUUUUUGUAACGGGUCUUUUGCUUUGUAUGAAGUGACUGUUCAGCCUUCAGAUAAUGUGACACUUGAUGUUAUUCCCAUUUUGUUUACACCAUAUUACAAAAUAUCUGCAGAGCAAAUCGAUCACAUUUGCUGCAGAGGGUUACUGAGCAACAACACUGAAACAUCCUGCAGGGACUUGAAUGUUUCUCAUGAGUAAGCACUGCCAAACUAUUCCUUCAUUGAAUGUAAUUUGUUAUAACUGUCAGUCUUUGGAAACACAAUUGCUGUUUGCUUGAUGUAUUUGUUUUGAAUGGUUUGGCAAUGUCUCCCUGAAAUGAAAUGAAAUGAAAUGAACUGAAGUGAGAGCACAUUAUAGACUGCAGAGUACCAGAUCUCCAACACUGCCAUGUGGAAGUCCUCUACUUAACGUUCACCAGCCCACACCAUCCAAAAAGGAGCCAAAAACGUUCCUGAUAGGAAAAGACACUAGACUGCUUAGAUAAAAAAAAAAAAAAGAAAUGACUGAAAAGAUAAUUAAAUUCAGCUCCACAUCACGUUUCUGUGUUCCAGUGGUUGACCAGCCAGUCACAAUAAAAAAAGACUUGAACAGGUGGAUAAACUGAACCUCUGGGAUGUGGUUGUAUCAACACUCUUUAGUUCAACAAGUGACACUUGAAAAGAGCAGGUUGUGCAUGCUGCGAGUGCUCGGACACAAAUUCAAUGGACAAACCCAACUUCAGUGUUGCACUGAACAGCUUAAAGAACAUAAUAAGAAUGGAAAAUGGCUGUUAUCUUAGAGCCCUGGAUUCAACAUGACACCUCCUCCCGGCCAUGCAACUGUGACUUGAGUGACAUUACAGAAAAAGGAGAGAUUGGGCUCUGAUGUAGCCCGCUAUCUUUUAGUCUGACCACAACUCUAUGUUGUUGGAAAACACUUUUUCCUACUUCAUAUUUAUUUUGUCUAAGGUGCAAGGUCAAUUUUGAGAUGUGUGAGGAAUGAUAUUUGGUUUAACGCUGUAUUUUUUUACUGUAAAAUAAAUGUAGAAUGACAUUUUU